UUUAUAUAUUAAUUAAAAACAAGCUAUUGGGAGUAAAAAAAUUAUAUUCUAACGUCAACAGAAAUUCUUUUGGUCUCUUCAAUUGUGUAUACACUCUUGCAUUCCUAGAAGAAUUGAAAUUCAGUGAUUAAAUCGAAUCUCUCCGCUAGAAAUUCACAUAUUGCUACCGGAAAUGAAGAAAGGAGUGCACCCACAAAAGCAAUGGAUAUCGUAUGUUACUCAAACUGGUAGAUUGAUGAAUGUGAUGAUGACAAAGAUACAUCCUGUUGGUAAAGUCUACCACUUUCGUGCUAAGCGUCAAAUGGCGGAGAGUUUGGGACAGAUUGCCAAGUUCAGGCGUCGUUUCGGGUUGGAAAAUCCAGAGGCGGGUGAAAAGAAAUGACUUUUCCUGACUCUACAAGUAGGUUUGGUUUUGUAUUUCAUGCAAGUUAUUUUGUGGAAAAUCCCAAAGAAAAGGUCAAUUUUUUGUGAAUUUUCUUAGCACUACUACAUCAUGUUAUGCACUGAUAUUUAUGGUGAAAGAGCAAAUAACCGCUUUCGGUUGAA